AGUCCUGCUCGGAAGGCCAGAACACCCAUCUGUGUGUCCUUCCCCAGCUGCUGGAGCACACUUAGAAGUAUUACCUGCCUAUUGGGAGAUAAAAGUUGUUCCGCUUGCCACCCUCUUAUCUGAGACUCCAUGCCCAGAGCCUUACCCAUUUUUAUCACCAGCUCCCUGGCCAUCUCUAUGUGACUUCCCCCACCCACCUGAGUUCCACUUUCCCUCUGGGCUCCAAUCUCUAGCCCCCAGCGGAUCUGGUCAGUCCCACCCCUGGGUGGGAGUGACCCAGGGCUCUGGCCCAGAUUCCCCACCCUGGAAGGCAGCUCCAAGGCAGCGAGAGAAUUGGGCGUCGGGUACGAACCUGGCAGCUCAGGAGUGGGUGCACCACUCACCCCACACAAAAAGAUGAAGAAGCGCAAAGAGCUCAAUGCAUUGAUCGGCUUGGCUGGGGACAGUAGGAGAAAGAAGCCCAAGAAAGGCUCGGGCCACCGCCUCCUUCGCACUGAGCCUCCUGACUCAGACUCUGAAUCCAGCUCCGAGGAGGAAGAGGAGUUCGGUUUAGUUGGAAAUCGCUCUCGUUUUGUCAAGGGAGACUAUUUACGAUGCUGCAAGAUCUGUUAUCCCCUCUGUGCUUUUGUCAUCCUUGCCGCCUGUGUCGUGGCCUGCGUUGGCUUGGUAUGGAUGCAAGUUGCCCUGAAGGAAGAUCUGGAUGCCCUCAAGGAAAAAUUUAGAACAAUGGAAUCUAAUCAGAAAAGCUCAUUCCAAGAAAUUCCCAAACUUAAUGAAGAACUACUCAGCGAACAAAAACAACUCGAGAAGAUUGAAUCUGGGGAGCUGGGCUUGAACAAAGUCUGGAUAAACAUCACAGAAAUGAAUAAGCAGAUUUCUCUGUUGACUUCUGCAGUAAACCACCUCAAAGCCAACGUUAAGUCAGCUGCAGACUUAAUUAGUCUGCCUGCCACUGUAGAGGGACUUCAGAAGAGUGUAGCUACCAUUGGCAACACUUUAAACAGCGUCCAUCUUGCUGUGGAGGCAAUACAGAAGACUGUGGAUGAACACAAGAAGACCAUGGAGUCACUGCAGAGUGACAUGAAUCGGCACUUCUUAAAAGAGACCAAUGGAAGCAACCAGAUCAUUCCAUCACCUUCAGCUACAUCAGAAUUUGACAAUAAAACUCACAGUGAGAAUUUGAAACAGGAUAUCCUGUACCUUCACAACUCUUUAGAGGAGGUAAACAGUGCCCUAGUGGGGUACCAGAGACAGAAUGAUCUUAAACUCGAGGGGAUGAAUGAGACAGUCAGUAACCUUACCCAGAGAGUCAACUUGAUAGAAACAGAUCUGGUUGCUGUGAGCAAGGUAGAAAAGCAAGCGAACCUGUCCCUCAGCCUGAUGAAUGAUAGAGCCGCCACUCUGAAAAGAGAGUCCUUGCAUCAAGUGACCAACAGAACAGACACAUUAAAAACCCAAAGCAUAAAGAAAGAAGAUAGUUCGGAUUCUCAAGUAUCCAAGCUAAGAGAGAAACUGCAGCUGAUCAGCGCUCUCACAAACCAACCUGAGAGCAACAGGCCGCCAGACACCGCUAACAAAGAGCAAGUACAGAGUUUCACAUCAAAGCCAUCAGCAUUACCGAAAUUUCCACAGUCUCUUGGAGAUCAAAUUGAGAAAGCUGCACAGCUAAGACCUAUUGUCCUACCAGGAAUUUCUAGCAUCAAAGAUCUUCAGGAUUUAUUCCACAAGACUGGCCAGGACAUGGAUGGGAAGCUGACCUACCAGGAAAUCUGGAACUCCUUAGGUUCUGCUGUGCCAGAAUUAGAGACUUUGAGAGCAUUUGAUUCUGAUGGCGAUGGAAGAUAUUCUUUCCUGGAGCUAAGGGUAGCUUUAGGUGUCUAGCUCAUCAGGCAUAUUUUAGAAAUGGGCAUAUGCCCAGGACUACCUAAUAUCCACUCACCUAACACAAACAACCCUUUCACUUACCCAUCGGUCCUCCAGUCCUCCAAACUACUGUAGCAGACACAUUGCCACCUUUUAACUUGUUUGAAAAAGCUAUAAAGAAAAGUUAUUUUUUUAAAAAAGAAGGCCAUUUUACCUAUAUGCUAUUCAGAAAUCUAUGAUUUCCUAAAACCAAUAAGAUCUUAAUUUCAAAAUUGCCAGAAAAAAAGUCAAGCCCUUUUUUUCUCUUUCCUUUUUUUUUUUUUUUGUAGGGAAGGAGACCUUAUCUUUUAAAACUGGAAAAUGUGUAUAUAGAGAGAAUAAGCCACCUUUUAUAUUUCACAUAAAUUUGCCUUAAAUUAGCUGCACUUUAUACAGACUCAGAAAAUGUCUUUCUUUUAAAAGCUAGACCUUUUCUGUUUGUAAAUAUUUAAAAUGAAAGAGAGAAUUGUGCAUAUUUUGCGGGAAGUCGGAAGAUUGGUUUGAAAUGGGCUGUGAACAAAUGGCUUGUUAUUAAAAAUCGCUAAUGUGGUAACAACUGGAACUAUGUCCAUGACUCCUUAAGGCGCCUCCUUCAGGUGCUGCUGUGGGGUUUGGCCUGGAGGCUGGAGAAAUAGAUUUGAGGAGGUGACCCUAUAAGCACAGUGCUGCCUCCAGACUCAGGAAAGUAAGAUGCUGGUUCUUUGUUCCUGUCCCCUCAGCCGAUCCCAGCCUGUGAACCAGAAAAGUCUUGGGGGUUUUUCUCACUUUUUAUCCUACUUCAGGGUUUAUGAGCAUAAACAGUUAUGCAGUGGGGGGCUACAUUUUCCCUGCUGAGUGAGCUAGAUUAUCUCCCCCCCACCCCCAACUCAAGCCUCUCUUAGAACUGUAGCUGGCUGCCACUUCUGGGCAGGCUCCCUUCUGAAUGGCAGGCCUGUGGUCCUCAGCUCACUGUCUCCGCCUGGCUACCCAGGAGGGGCUGUAGGGGGUAGCUUUGCCCCUCAUUGUGACCCAGGAAACUCCUUGAGAUUUUACCUGGAGGCUUACCAAGAAGAACCUAGUAUGUUCCUCUGUGGGCUAAAGCCAAAGGGGUUGUAAAAUGCAGCACAUGAAAUCGUCAGGUUCCCUUAACGGUUGUCUAGCUCAGGAGUAGCUCGGGCUCGGUAGCCAGCUCCAGCUCAGAAGUAGCUAGAGGCAUCCUGUCCAGAGGGUGCCGAACAAUAUCGAGCAAGCCUGGAGCAGGGGGAUCACGUGACGGUAGCAAGUUGUUUCAAAUCUCGGAACAAGCGAGUGCAAUACUCCUCCCUUCAAAUACUUCGUAGGCCUGGUCCGAAAGGUCCCCAGACUGGAAGGAAUCACACCUCUGUGUCACCUCUGUGUGUGCUGUGCUGGUCUUAGAGGCAGGCUUUGGGCAACACAAAAGGAAGCACUCUGUGAAACUUAACUGUUCUAUAGGCCAAGUCAGGGAGAAACUAGAACUUUCAUGGCACAGACUUCUUUAGUAGAGCUCGCUUCCAUCUUAACUUCGUCCAAGUUACCCUGUUACCCAGGGAUGCCAUCGAGCACCUUUAAACAUUUAAGGGCUGUUUUUUUCUUUAUGUGGUGUUCAGAUUGGUGUUGGCUAACUUUGAUUUUUUUUUUCUGGAAGUAUUAACAUUUAGUUAAAGCAAGAUGAAGUUUUUUCCCAUGAAUGUGUCUGCUUACCUCAUUAGGGCUUAUGCUUCUCUCUCUCUCUUAAAAAAAAAACAAAAACAUUUUUUUGCCUAUCUGAGCUAUUUUCUCUGUCUUGAAAAGGUUAAAAUAUAGCAUAAAAUUAGCCUGGCACUUUAGGUAACUCGAAGACAACUCUUUUUCUUCUGGCUGCCUUCCAUGCACCCCCCCCCUUUUUAAAUAUAUAUACCCUUACAGAUUUUGUAACAACCAAAUAAAAUUCUAGCAAUAAAUUGAAUUAUACUGCUAUAUUUGUAUAUACUGUACCAUAAAUAGUAUGUCUGUACCUGGAAGGUAUUUUUUUGAGAACUGAUUUAUAGGAAAUACACUUGAGGGUAAUGUAGCUUGUCCAUUUUAGUUUCAAAUUCUUAUUCAUGGGCAGAUACUCUGAGGACCCCUUAACUCUUUUUUGUCUGUACUUUUCUUUUGUAUCAGAUAGCUACACCUAGAGAAGUCAGUUUUGUUUUUCCGUUUCUCACCUGUUCGUCCCACCUCGAGCUCGUCUGGCUUGCAUCAUCCCGAAGCCAGCUGGAUUGUACCACUUCCUGUCCCAUUUGGCAGACGUGUUCCAGCCACGCUCUCAGACUGUGUAUGCCCUCACCAUGCCGCUGCCCUGGCUCCUGAACAAGAGCAUCAGGAACUGUUGUUCCAGGUUGAGGAGAUUCAUUGGCUUAAGGGUUUGAUGAGCUUAUUCUUCAGUGUUAAUUUGGGGGUUUUAUUUGGAAGUUGUCUUGACUUCCCCAACCUGUGACUUUUGAGCUGUACUCAAGCCUCCCUUGCCUCAUAUCUCAGCUCAGAGAGGAAGAUUGGGUUUUGGUGUUUCUUUCAAAUACUUUUACCUUUUCACCCUGGCAGCUCCUACUGCUGCUUUCCUAAGUGACCCAAAGCAAUGCUUCUCGGUCCUUUUUUUCUUUUGCCUAUACUAUCUGGGGUAAUGUUUACUUCGAGAGCAUCCCUAGAAAUCAGAGGACCAAAAAGGUGUUCUAGGAAGAGAUGCGUCAAAGGAAUAGAGAACCUGGCUUAGGGAAAAGGGUAGUGUCCUCUUAAGGGCAGACAGGGACCUGGCACUUAGGACAGGACACCCUUCACCUGCUGCUGGCUACUUCUCCUGCCAGUGGUGUUUCCUCACUUUACGUUGCUUUGCUGGACGUAACCCUGUUGCCCCCACCUCCCACUGCUGGUCUUGCCGGUCACCUUUGAAGACUUUGACUGUAAUGGGCUCAUACUCAUAAUGGCCUGCUGUUGAGUUGUUUUUAGUGACAGCUUUUGUUUGCUACACACCUCAUUGGCUUACUUAGCAACACCAGCUAGAUGUGGUCCCUUCUUACAUAUCCAAACCAGAACGUAUUUGGGCAUUCCUGACGCUUUACAGUGUGUAUUGUUUGUUGUACGAACCUGACCUACCUUGUUGUUUUCUCCUAUGUAGAAAUGUAAAUCUACUUUGCUUUAGUGGAGCAGUUUUGGUUCUGUUUGGAGAGUGAAUUCAAGGUCUUUAUGACUUGAGCUUUGCUUAUUUCGUAUCAGCAAUACAGCUAUUUUAAUUUAUCUAAAUAAAACAUUUCCUUUUUCUCCCA